AUGCCCGAGAAACCGGGGGCGCCUCCCCUUGGCGAACUAACCGAUCGCCCGGGUACCAUCAGAAAGAGCUUCCGCCAGAAGUUCAUGGAGUCCGGCAUCGCACGGCGCUUCUCCACCGUCACCCAGGUGAACACUGGAGCGAAUCGGAGGGGUUCUGUGGAUAAAAGAGGGUCUAUCGGCGAGGAUGGAAAUCCUCGGAAAUUCACGAAUACAUGGGGCAAUUUGGCACUGUUCAAGAAUGACGAUGAGGAUGGCCCUCCUGCCUCGUUCAUCUCGGCCUACACGUCGCCCGGGCCUCGUGAAAAGGCCAUAUCGGAUCACAAGAAGGCCAAUCUCGGCGUGCUCCUCGGGGUCUACCUGCCCACCAUCCAGCAUAUCCUGGGUGUUACCAUGUUUAUCCGGUUGUUCUGGGUGGUCGGGAUGGCGGGCCUGUGGCAGACUUGCGGCAUUUUGGCUAUAUGUUGUUCUUGCACGUUCCUGACUUGUAUUUCCUUGUCGGCGGUGGCGACAAAUGGAGUGGUGGAAUCGGGAGGAGCCUAUUUUAUGAUAUCACGGAACCUAGGAGCGGAAUUUGGCUCGGCUGUCGGAAUCUUGUUCUACCUUGCGAAUACCGUAGCCACGAGCAUGUACCUUGUUGGAGGUGUUGAAGUGCUACUGAUGUACAUCGCUCCAUCAAUGACGAUCGGCGGCCACGAAGCACAUUCGGACACUGGAACUUUCGGCCAAAUGACGAACAACUACCGCAUCUACGGCACAGCUUUCCUCAUCCUCGAGGUGCUGAUCGUGGCGAUGGGCGUGAAAUUUGUGCAGCUACUGGCCCCGGUUUCGCUCGUAUGUGUCAUUCUCGCAUUAUUCGCUUGCUUCGCCGGUGGGGUGGAAAAGGCUCUGCUGGAUAACGGAGCGUUAGUAUGCAAAAUGGACGACCGGCUACUACAGACACAUUUUAUAGUCGAAGGGUUUAACAAUAAUGACCAUCACAUUAACACGAGUACAAUCUACGACCAAUGCCAGAAACACGAAUGGAUCGGAAAAGCGUUCUGUGCUCACGAACAAGCCAAGACUCGAGAGGAGGAGCAAGAGAAAGAAAGAGAGCACGACGAGAAAUGCUCGGCUUUUUCGAAGACGAAGAUGCUGGUGACGAAGGGGUUUCCCGGAAUGAAUUUCGAAACAUUAAAAGAAAACCUUGGUUCAAGCUACAUGGAAGCGGGGGAAGCGCUACCCGGAAAGAAGGGCAGCGACAAGUUCGAGGUAGUGCAGGAUGUGAGAGUGACCUUCUUCGUAUUGAUGGCCAUCUACUUUCCGGCCGUCACAGGAAUUCUGACUGGAGCCAAUAUGAGCGGCGAUCUGCGAGACCCCCAAAAAUCGAUCCCGUCCGGCACUAUCGCAGCCACGUCAACCACGUCGGUCAUCUACUUUGCGCUGGCCAUCCUUUUUGCCUCUUCUAUCGAUCGUUCCGUGCUCCGGGACAAGACCGGCCGUUCCAUCGACGAGCGCAUGGUGGUGGCAGCGCUAGCGUGGCCGAGUGAAUGGGUGGUGACGAUCGGCUCCUUUCUUUCGACGUUUGGAGCGGCUCUACAGUGUCUUUGCAGUGCCCCGCGUCUGCUUCAAUCGAUCGCCAAAGAUGAUGUGAUACCAACAUUACGUCCUUUUGCUAGGGUUACGAAGAAUAAUGAGCCGUUUUUGGGCCUCCUCUUCACCGCCUUCAUCGCUGAACUCGCCAUCCUUCUCGGAGCCGUCGACGCUAUUGCUGAGGUGCUGGACUUCUUCUUCCUGAUGUGCUACGCCUUUGUCAACCUCAUCUGCUUCAUGCACUCCAUCCUGAAGGCUCCCAACUGGCGACCGCGCUUCAAAUACUACCAUUGGUCGCUCUCCCUCCUCGGCGCCUUCCUCUGCUUCUUCAUCAUGUUCGCCUCGAAAUGGCAAUUCGCCACAAUCGCCUGCGUGUUGACGUUCGGCAUCUACAAAUAUGUCGAGUGGAAGGGAGCCAAAAAAGAGUGGGGCGACGGGAUUCGCGGGUUGGCGCUGACGACGGCGCAGUACUCGUUGAUGAAGGUCGAAGACGCCGAUCCACACCCCAAAAACUGGCGUCCACAAUUGCUGAUCUGCCUCUCGGCCCAGUGGAGCAAGCACAUCACCGACAAUCGGGCCGUGUCAUUAGUGCAUCUUGGAGGGCAGCUGAAAGCCGGUCGCGGUCUUGCCAUCGCAUGCGCCUUCUUGAAGGGCAGCCCCGACGACCCGAAGGAUAAGCCGAGAGCGCAGGAGGUCAAGAAGAUGGUCCAAAAGGGUAUGGAUGCCGCCAAGUUGAAGGGGUUCAGCAAGACGCUGUUUUACACGCCGCCUCAGCUUUCCGGCUGCAUGUCGGCCGUUUUCCAAUCUGUCGGAAUCGGCGGUCUACGCCCGAAUACCGUACUCGUCAACUGGCCAAAUUUUGAGGACGUGGAUGAGGUUUAUCUAUUUGCUGAGGAACUGAUCCACGGAGUACGGAAUGAAAAUUGCGUCAUCGUGACGAAGGGCAUCACCGAUUUUCCGGAUAAUAACGAGAGGCUGUCAGGCUACAUCGACAUCUGGUGGGUGGUGCAAGACGGUGGAAUUCUGAUGCUCAUCGCCUACCUGAUGCAGCAACACAAGGUCUGGAAAAGCUGUACCUUGCGCGUGUUCGCCAUCUCCGAGACGGACAAGCAGAAGAGCGAAGAAAUGAAGACAGCCCUGGAACGGUAUAUCUACAUGUUGAGAAUCGACGCUGAACUUUUUAUCGUCAACCUGCUCGAUGAGGAAAUUUCGGAAGAUGUCCACAGCAGGGUCGCCGAGAUGGAGCAGAAACGGAAAGAUUUCAAGGAAAAUGGCGAGGCUACGAAAAAUCGCGCUAGCGGUGGAUUCGUGAAUGAGGCCUUUAACAAUGAUGACACGCUCUAUGGCAGGUUCCACAAGCCAAAGAUGUAUACUCAAACCGGCAAACCCCGAGCCAUCAGCAUCAAUAUCAAUGAAGAGGAGGAGACGACGUUUACUACCCCUCCGACCCCACCAGCCAGAAAGCACACACUGGCCGAUCGUCUCUAUGACCGAAAUUCAGAGGAAAACGGCGAAGUGAAGGAUUUGAAGUUGAAUAUCCACAAAAUGAACACCUCCGUCCGCCUGAACAACGUGAUCCUCGAGAAUUCGCCCAACUCCCAGCUCGUCCUCCUCAAUCUGCCGCAUCCGCCAAAGCACCGUGAAGCCUUCAUCCACAACUACACUGUCUACCUGGACGUGCUGACGGAGAACCUGAAGCGGGUGUUGUUCAUCGGCGGCUCCGGCAAGGAAGUCAUCUCCAUUGACUCG